UGUAAUAUCAAGCAGCCCUUCGAGCGGACACGCAUGAUCUUUCAGAACAACAAUAAUAGAAGUGCCGCCGCGCUCGCAACAAUCGACGGCGGCGGCGACGACGGCGGCCACGGCCUGCUCUCUGUAUUGUGCGCGGCUCCGAUCGAGCAGCAUCUCCGCUGAAGAUACGUUUGCAGAAAUACUACGUCAAGUGACCCACGUUGCGUUAUAUCGGGGCGAUAUGUAAAUAAGUUUUGUGUUUGUGUUUAUGAAUUUUUUUCCCUUCGGAGUGGUUGUUGGUUGUGUUUACAGGAUUUUGUUGAUUGAAUUUACACAGUUAAAAGUUGAAGGAGCUGAAAAUGGCCUACAUGAACGGCGCUCCCGAACACGGAUGUCCCCUGAGACCGGGCUGUCCUUCGCCCACCUCCACCCCCGAGGAAUUGGAACGGCGGGCAAUCAUUCAAAGAAACGACCUGCUGUUACACGAAGCCGUCAUAAAAAAUGACACCGAAGCCGUUCGCAGGAUACUUAAGGAACCGCUCGACAUAAAUUCCAGGAAUAACUAUGGUCGAGCUCCCAUUCACUGGGCUUCUUCCAGGGGGAAUCUGGAUAUUAUGGAAAUGCUUAUUUCUGCAAAUUGUGACAUUGAGGCCAGAGAUAAGUACGGGAUGCGACCGCUGCUGAUGGCCUGUUGGCAUGGACACAGGCCGGCCGUCCAGAUGCUUAUUAACACUGGAGCAUGCUCCAAUGCUACCAACAAGAAACACUACACAUUACUAAUGUGUGCCGCUAGAAAUAACCGAGUGGAUGUGGUGGAUUUUUUGCUUGAUACUCUCGAGGACGUCAAAGUGGACGCUGUGGACAUCGAGGGCCAAACCGCAUUAUUCCACGCAGCUAUGGGUGGUCAUACCUCAAUAGUUAGAAGACUUAUUGAGAUAGGGGCUUCAGCCGUUAAAAGGAACAAGGAAUCUAGAACCGCCCUGCACAUGGCUUGUGAAAGGGGCCACUGCGAAGUUGCAGAACUACUAUUAGCCCACGAAAUCGACAUGGAGGCCAAAGAUGUUAAUGGAAACACACCUUUACACGUGGCGGCUCAAAAUCAACAAACAAAAUUGGUGCAAGUCCUACUGGAUGCCGCUGCAGAUCCGGACAGUGAAAAUCAAAAAGGUUCAACUGCUCUACAUAUAGCAUGUAGUUUAGGUAGUAGAGGUAUCCUUGAUGCUUUACUUCAACAUGGAGCUAUGUUGGAUAAACAAAAUAAGUCUGGAAAUACCCCUCUCCAUAUGGCUUGUCAAGCAAAUGAGGCAGAGACAGUAGAAAUUGUGAUACAAAAAGGAGCAGACCUUAACUGUCUAAAUACGCGACUGCAAUCUCCAAUUCAUAUCGCAGCCGAGAUGGGGCACACGGACAUUUGCAAGCUGCUUUUGGCCGCAGGGGCCGAUAUCGAACAAAGGGAGCAGUGCGGCAGGACGCCACUGUAUAUCGCCGCCCGCGGCAGUUUUACCGCCAUCGUCGAUAUGAUUAUCAAGACUGCUAGAUUAGAUUACCCGGCACACGAGGACAAACCAAGCGCCAACGGACGGAAAGAGAGCUCCGGCGGAGGCUUAACGCGUAAGCUGAGCAGGAAAUUUAGAUCAGGCAGCAAAGACGAGGGCCGAGGACAUCGAGACAGCGAACGUUUCAGAGAGGUUCUCUACAAAUUGGCCUACAAGCACCUAGGACAUCAGGAGUGGAAGAAGCUGGCCAGUCACUGGGCCUUCACUGAUGACCAGAUUAAAGCCAUCGAACAUCAGUACAACGGUCCAAACAGCUACAAGGAGCACGGCUUCAGGAUGUUGUUGAUUUGGGCCCACGGGCUCGGGCCUGACGUCAAUCCUGUUAAGGAACUCUACGAGAGUCUAGUGGCAAUUCAAAAAAGGCCAUUGGCAGAUAAUUUGAGAAGAAAAAUUGACCAGGAAAACGAAGCCAUACGGAAGGGCAACAAAACAAAGUGCAACCACUGUGUUUUAAGUUAAAAAUCUUAUAUUCACCACUAACCUACAUAAAAUAAAAAAGAUUUAUCGAAAUUAUCUUAUGAUAUUUUAAAUAUACAUAUCUUAUUGUGUAUUAGAUAGAGUAACGUUCAUUUCCUAAAUCAAAACUAAUUGGUACAUGGAUGUGUUACUUAGCGCUGAGUUUAGAUUUGAAGUAUUGUAAACCAUAACAUUUGCCUUGUUCGGUCCAAUCUAGAGUGAUUUAUCUAUAUAUCUACCUAUACUUGUUAAACGUUAUAUAUAUUUUAUAAUAUUACAUCAUUAAUAUUUAUUUAUUUAUUAUUUUUUGAUUUGGAAACAAUUUUAAAGUUUUUAGUUCUUUAUUUUACUUUAGGUAAAUUACAUUUUUAAUGCAUUUUAUUUUAGUGAAGUUAAUAAAUUACGAAAAAGUCCAGUCGUUCCAAGGUCACUGAAAUGAGAUUAACUUAAAUUAAAUAAUUUGAAACAGCUGGGCUAUUUUCACAAUUCAUUAACAAAGAACGUUUCAAACCAUUUUAGUAAAUUAGAAAAAAAUAUUAUGAAUUUUAUGUCACAUAAUAUAAUAAUAAUAUUUAUUUUAACGCACAUUAACUGUUUUUCCAAUGUCAAUUCUAUGUAUAU